AUGACAUAUGACAGAGAGACCCUUAAAAAAUAAAUAAAUCCCACUGCCUCAUCUCCAAUCCUCUCCCUCUCAAAUUCCCAAUUCCUACUUCCUCUACACCAUGAGCUUCUUCUCUACUCAACAAUACUAGUUCAAAAAUUAAAAAAAAUCUACCAGUACCAGAUAAAAUCAAACUAUAUAUAUAUUGUGUAAAGGUCUCAGCUUUGGCUGAUUUCCCAUCCACAGCCAGAAUGGUUUCUCUACAAGAUUCUCAUUCCAGCUCCAACCACUUCCCUCCUCACACCCGAAACUUCUACUCUCCCUCCUCCACCAAAAUCCACAGGCAAACAGGCCGUUCCAUGCGCACCAUUCGCUCCAACAUCUACCAUGACGAUCAAUCUCGAAACUCCUUCACCACCGAAAGAUCGUCCUUCGUCUCCGAGAACUUGACCGAUUCCGUCAUCGACAUGCGUCUCGGCGAGCUCGCCUUGCGCACCCACGGCUCCGCCUCCAAGUCCGCCUCCUCCGACGAAGAGUUUCUCCAGCUCUCCCAAGCCUUCAGCGAUUUCUCCGCCUGCAGCAGCGACAUCUCCGGAGAAUUACAGAGACUCGCUACUUUGCCGUCGCCGGAAAAUGAGCCUACCUCCGAAGCCGAGCCGGAGGUGCCGGAGGAGCCCUGCCAGGGGUUUUUGCAGAGGGAGAACUUCUCCACCGAGAUCAUCGAGAGCAUUUCACCGGAGGAUCUUCUGCCGACGGUCAAGAUCUGCGUCGACGGCCUCCAAUCGCCGUCGAUUGCCAUCAAGCAAUCUGCUGCGGCCAAGCUCAGGCUUUUAGCGAAGAACCGGGCGGACAAUCGCGCUUUGAUAGGCGAGUCCGGUGCGGUCCCUGCUUUAAUUCCUCUGCUCCGGUGCAGCGACCCCUGGACUCAGGAGCACGCCGUCACGGCCCUUCUCAACCUUUCUCUGCACGAAUCGAACAAGGCGAUAAUCACCAAUGCCGGAGCUAUAAAAUCGUUAGUGUACGUGCUCAAAACCGGGACGGAGACCUCGAAGCAAAACGCUGCGUGCGCGCUCUUGAGCCUGGCCCUAAUUGAAGAGAAUAAGAGCUCAAUCGGAGCCUGCGGGGCCAUCCCGCCGUUGGUUUCGCUGUUAAUAAGUGGAUCCACGAGGGGCAAAAAAGACGCCUUGACGACCCUGUAUAAGCUCUGCUCAAUAAAGCCCAACAAAGAGAGGGCAGUGAACGCCGGAGCUGUGAAGCCGCUGGUGGCGCUAGUGGCGGAGCAGGGGACGGGCUUGGCGGAGAAGGCGAUGGUGGUGCUGAGUAGCUUGGCUGGGGUUGAGGAGGGGAAGGAGGCCAUUGUGGAGGAAGGUGGGCUUGCGGCGCUUGUGGAGGCCAUUGAAGAUGGGUCGGUCAAAGGGAAGGAGUUUGCGGUGUUGACGCUGUUGCAGCUGUGUACUGAGAGUGUGAGAAACAGAGGGUUGCUGGUGAGGGAAGGAGGGAUUCCACCUUUGGUUUCGCUUUCGCAGACUGGGACUCUUAGAGCUAAGCACAAGGCUGAAACGCUUCUUGGGUAUCUGAGAGAACCGAGGCAAGAAGCGUCCUCUUCAGCCCUUUAGAGAAGAGAAGAGAAGAGAAGAGAUGUACUGGUGGUACUGGUGGUGGUACUGGUACUGGUACUAAUUAGAGAAGAAAUUAUACUAGUACGUCUUAUGUGGUUCAGUGUUUGGUUGCACUUGUAUAUAGGAAUUAUUGUUGUUUCAUGGUUUUGUACAGUGUGGUUGAGAAGCUAGGAAGAAUAUGAUUGUACAAGGAAGAGAUUAGAGGAAGCUAGUGAGCAAGAAACUGACUUUUAGAUGUAUGAUUUUUAACUAGGUUUUUGGUUGGGUAUCUUGUUUCUUUCUUAUCCCUCUUUUCUGUUAUUGACUUGGUUUUUUUGUAGGGGUGGAAGUGGUUUUGGGUUAUUUUCCUUGUGUUUUGUCUGGGAAACUCAAAUUUAAGAACUCAAAGGGUUAUUUUUACUGAUUGUCUGGUUUUCCUUGUAA